AUGGACGACACGGGACAUCAUUCCCAGCCAACUGGUUGGCGUACCUCCAAGGCGUGCCAAGAAUGUCGCAAGAGGAAGAUCAAAUGCAACGGCAUCAACCCGUGCAAGACCUGCCAACUUCGGAACACUCCUUGUGUCUAUCGGGACUGGAUUCGCCAUCGAAAGAAGAAACACCAGGAGAAAUCGGAAUCGGAGGAGUUUUCGCCCAAUGGGGCCACGCGGGCCGAGUAUGGGGUGCGCGCAUCCUCGCCUGGCUUUGUGCAGCCAUCGUCGUCGGCAGGCCGCCGCAACCCCAAUGUGAACUAUACCACCAACAGCGUUUCCGCCACCGACACCACGUCUUCCUCAUCGGAAAUCCAACUGUACUAUGGCUCGACUUCCCACUUCGCUCUUAUGCAUGAGAUCUACCGCGACCUGGUUUCGAACCCCGGCAAUUACUCUAAAGCGCCUCAGGCCGAGGUCGAGGAAGCCAGUGCAGGCAUUGAUAUGUUCAGUUUCCGUCGCAUUUUCUUCGGGACUCCGGUGGGGCCUCACGAUGCCCUCAAGAGCCUGAAUGCGACAGACGUACCCGUCAUGUUCCUGCCGUAUGAGCUAGCCAGACUGUUCCUCGAGCGCUUCCUGUCGACCUUGCUGCAUUUGGUCCCAUUUCGGUCGAAGGACUCGUAUCGACGGGAGCUGGAACAGUUAUAUCAUCGUGCUCCGGGAGCUAGCAGUGACACAUGGUCUCGUUGCAUGUUGCUGAUGGCUAUGGCGAUGGGGUCUCUGGGAACAGAGCAUUACAGCUGGGGCGAUGUUUUGUUUGAACGCGUUAAAACAACCGCAGCGCUGUCAGAUGAUGUUGUUAAUCUUCGGACGGUUCAGAUAUCAUUACUUAUGAUAAGUCUCACACAGCUGCUGAGAGGACGACCCCGGUCUCUUCUGCAGAGAGAUAUCGGUAUUGAACCUCCACGCGAUCCACUUCUGCGAGUUCUUUACGAUCUCACGAAAAUGAUGUCCCGCUCUGCGGAUGAGAUGUUCGGGAGACACCAUGACUCGUUGCUACAUCUGUGGAAGCUCGCACGUUCAAUAACCGAUGAUCAUCGCUCCUACGAUUCCAAGGUCCAAGAAACGCUAGGCUUUGGUCUUGAAAAAGGUCCACAACCAGGAGAAAUAGGUGUACGACAGGUGAUGUUGGUCACUCUUUGGCUAAACGACGCCUGCAACCAAGUGAUUGGCGCCGCUUACCGAACCAUUCAUUUCCUGUAUGAAGCUUCUUUUAUCAACAACCUGGUCAGGGAAUGUCGUUAUCAUGGAUAUUUCCUAUCCAGUGCAGCCUUCGCGCUCAUAUAUGACCUCAUGCAUGGUGAUGAACUCGCAUCGAGCCACCUCCGGUGGAUCCAUGCCACCCUUCAAUGCUUGUCCUCCAUGCGAGCCGGUGACCCCAUCGCAAGCAGCAUGUCUGCUAUCCAGACCGUUCUGAGGAAGCUGAAUCCGUCGUAUGAGUGGCAACCCCCGGCCACCGUGAAAGGAAAUGGCUACGGCUAUGAUUCCAACACGGUAAUGCAGCAGUCGCUGAACAAUGCAUCGAACAAUCCGGGCCCAUCCAUGUCCGAGCUCUUCUCCAACAACCUGGCCGUUGGAGGCGGCCUCCCCGCUCUGUCGAACAUGCAGGGAAGUUUCGUGCCCGGAAAUUUUCCCCCGCCGAGUGCGAGCGCCGGCAGUGGAGAAGAUCUCCUUGACCUGACCCUGUCGGACAUGGGCUGGGAUUUUGAUUUCUCGACCAUGGAUUUGGAGACGUUUUUCUCCAUCUACCCGAACAUGGACACGCCGACGGCGUGA